GUUAGUUAUGUGGACUCUCUAUUUUAUACUGUUAGUUAUGUGGACUCUCUAUUUUAUACUGUUAGUCAUGUGGACUCUCUAUUUUAUACUGUUAGUCAUGUGGACUCUCUAUUUUAUACUGUUAGUUAUGUGGACUCUCUAUUUUAUACUGUUAGUUAUGUGGACUCUCUAUUUUAUACUGUUAGUCAUGUGGACUCUCUAUUUUAUACUGUUAGUCAUGUGGACUCUCUAUUUUAUACUGUUAGUUAUGUGGACUCUCUAUUUUAUACUGUUAGUUAUGUGGACUCUCUAUUUUAUACUGUUAGUUAUGUGGACUCUCUAUUUUAUACUGUUAGUCAUGUGGACUCUCUAUUUUAUACUGUUAGUCAUGUGGACUCUCUAUUUUAUACUGUUAGUCAUGUGGACUCUCUAUUUUAUACUGUUAGUCAUGUGGACUCUCUAUUUUAUACUGUUAGUCAUGUGGACUCUCUAUUUUAUACUGUUAGUCAUGUGGACUCUCUAUUUUAUACUGUUAGUCAUGUGGACUCUCUAUUUUAUACUGUUAGUUAUGUGGACUCU